CCACCCCUUGCCAAAGCCUCUCGUCCCCCAGGCUCCCCAGAGGGACCUGAUGACUCUGCAGUGUCCCCACAGUCCUAUCAGGGUCCUGAUUUCCAUACCCCUCCUCGGGAUGUGGGGCUCCGGCGCUCCUCAGAGGGGGUGCUGCGGCCCCCACCCACGGGGCAGGGCCUGGGGGAGCUGGGGGGCUCACUGAGUGCCCUGCCCCGGCCUGGAGACCUCCUGUCAGAGCCCUCCCUGGGCAGUGAGUCUGCCUGGAGCCUUUCCCAGUCCUUUGAAUGGACAUUCCCAUCGUGGGGGGCACGCUUGCCAGCCUUCCCUCCCCGCUCCCCCAUCCGGGAGACACCUGACUCAGGGCUCUCUGAAGAGGGGGAGUCAGAUGGGGAGGCUGUGGCCCCCAGCCCUCCAAAGGACAGCAGGUCUGAAGGGCCUGACAGCCAGCAGGCAGAGGGGGCUCCAUGCCCAGGGGGUCCCGUGGCCCAGCAAGAGGCUGAGGGCUCGGCAGAGGAGGAGGAGGAGGAAAGAGAGGCAGAGCAGGAUGCUCCCAUGUCCCACUCCCCACUUCACGUGACAAAGCCUGGACAGGACCCAGCUGAGCCUGAGUCUUCCACCCAGCCCAGCCUCACCACAGCUGCCCCCCUGGAUCCAGCCCCCCCAGAUCCAGCUGCUCCAGCUGACUCAGCCUGGGCAGGUGAUAGCCCCAAGAGCCGGCAGGGUCCCGGGGGCCCAGGCCAGGCUGAAGGACCCUCGCAGGACCCUGAUCCCCACACCGACCCAGGCUGGCUGACAGAGCUGUUGGCGUCACCCGGGGUCCACGGCUCUCCAGAGAACCUGCUGGGCUGGUCACGGAAGGACCUGUGCAGUGAGUUUGGCAUUGGCCACCCUCGCCAGGACAGCACCUUUGACUGGAGCCACCCAGGUGUGUCCAGGGAGAGAGACUGGCCUGUUGAGACUAAGCAGGAGCAGGAGUUCAGGACCAAAUCCAGCUGGGACAGCACCCACAGCAACAAGGACAGCACUGCCCAGGAGAGCUGGAGUGGUGACUACAGAGCAACGGAGCUGAUGGGGGACACAAAACUGGGCUGCAGCGACUGGUCCCCAUCCCUUGGCACAGGGAAGAGCUGCCCACAGGAUCCAGACUUCGGUGCCAGCACAGCCAAGUGGGGCCAGGGCUAUGGCAGCACAGAGGAGCUUGGCUCUGGACAGGCCAGCUGGGGCAGUGGCCUCAGCACAGGACAUGUCGGGCAGCUGGACAAGGAGCCACACUCCGGGCAGCCUACCUGGGCAGGCAGGUACAGCAGCGGGGACAUGGAGAUGAAGGACGGGGAGCUCACCCCAGACUGGGCCAGGAAAUACAGCACCCAGGAUGCUGGGAACAAGGAUGAGAAUUUAACACUGGGCUGGGCUGGCAGAUGCAGCACUGGGGAUGCUGGGAGCCCAGAUAAGGAGCACAGCCCCAGCCGGCCAGCCUGGGACAGGAGGUGUAACCCCAGGGACAUGGAGAGCCAGGACCGGGAGUUCAGCCCCAGCAGGCCAGCCUGGGAUGGCAGUUCCAGCACCAGGGACACAGAGAGCCAGGACCAGGAGUUCAGCCCCAGCAGGCCGGCCUGGGGUGACCUUCUCAGAUCCAGUGCCAGGGAUUUGGAAAGUCAGGACCGGGAAUUCAGCCCCAGCAGGCCAGCCUGGGAUGGCAGUUCCAGCACCAGGGACACAGAGAGCCAGGACCAGGAGUUCAGCCCCAGCAGGCCGGCCUGGGGUGACAGAUACAGCACCAAGGACAUGGAGAGCCAGGACCGGGAAUUCAGCCCCAGCAGGCCGGCCUGGGAUGACAGAUCAAGCACCAAGGACAUGGAGAGCCAGGACCAGGAGUUCAGCCCCAGCAGGCCAGCCUGGGAUGGCAGUUCCAGCACCAGGGACACAGAGAGCCAGGACCAGGAGUUCAGCCCCAGCAGGCCGGCCUGGGAUGACAGAUCCAGCGCCAGGGAUACAGAGAGCCAGGACCAGGAGUUCAGCCCCAGCAGGCUGGCUGAAGCCAGUGAAUGCAGCACCAGGGACCUGGAGAACCAGGAUGAGUUCAGUCCCAGUGGAGCAGCCUGGGGUGACAGAUCCAGCAGCAGGGACCUGGAGACCCAGGACAGUGAAUUCACAUCCAGCAGGCCAGCUAGGGACAGCAGACACAGCACCAGGGACACAGAGACCCAGAAUGAGGAAUUGUUCAGUGCCAGCGGAGGUGUCUGGGAUGACAGAUCCAGCACCAGGGAUGUGGAGGCCCAGGACAGAGAGUUGAGCCCCAGUGGAGCAGCGUGGUAUGGGCAGCACAGCUCUGUGAUUCCCAGGGAGGAAGAGCAGGAGCUGAUCCCAGCCCGGCUGAGCUGGCCCGCUGUGGGUAGUGUCGGGCAGACAGGACUGAUCAGGAUUGGUGAGGAGGACAUGCCCAGCUCCCAUUGCCCCGAUCCCCCGGCCCAGGAGCCCACCUGGGGCAGUGCUCACCAGCCAGAGCGUGACAGCUCCAGCAGCAGGGACUGGGCUGAGGAGCUUGGAGCAGCUGAGUGCCAGAACCAGUUCGGUGUCAUUGGGACAGAGCGGGUGCCAGACCCCUGCAGUGCCGGAGCCUCAGAUGGCUCCAUGUCCAGGGUCCUGCCACAGCCCCAGGCAGGUUUGCAUAGGGAUCUCUCUCUGGACAUGGGCAAUGCCUGCUGGAGCCAGGACCUGGACAGCUGGAGUGUGGAGCCACAGGAUGCUGAGGCCAGUCGCCAGGAGUGGGCGAGCGCCUUCAGUGCCCGCUGUGCUGCCCGCAACCGGGACCUUGGUGUGGGGGAGCGGAGCCUGGGAGGAGACACCCACACAGAGCAUGGCAGGUUGGCCCCCAGCCCUUUGAUGGGUGACAUUCCAGCUGAUCCUCCAUCUGUGGAGCCUCCCCAGAGUGAGUCACCCAGCCCCUCUGAGGAGGAAAGGGAUCCUUCUAAGCCAGCCACUGCCCCACAGAGCUCCAGGGCUCCCCCUCUGCUGCCAGAGGCUGUCAGUGGGAUCCCAGUGGACACAGGAAGUGAGGAACAGCCCUCAGACCACCCAGAUGGGGAGAGCUCCUUGAGGCUGGGGGAGCAGCGGCUCUCUCUGGCUGCCCCCGAGGCCGAGGGGUCCAUGGAGCAGGGGCAGGAAUUUCCCCUUCUGGAGGACACAGAACUCCUGGACAGCAGCGUGUUUCGCUGCAAGGCCAGCCUGGGCCGCAAGCGCCAGCACCGGGCGCCAUCCCUGCGUCCCACCGCCACUGAGGGGGAGAGCUGGAUCUUCCGGGACUCCACGGAGCCCCGGCCAGCCCUGCCAGUGUCCUCCGAUGAGGAGGCAGCAGAGGAGCCCCGGAGCCGGCGGAUGCGCGGCUCACCCUCGGGCAAGGGGGUCAAGGUGCCUCUCUUUCCUGGCCUCAGCGCCUCUGCCAUCAAGGCUAAGCUGAGGGGUCGCAACCGCUCGGCUGAAGAGGGAACAUCAUCAGGGGACAGCAAGGGGACCCCUCCUAAAGACCCCCAUGUGCAGCGCUCUAAGUCCUGCAAGAUCCCUGGUGUGAAACCCCCGACCCUGCCUCCCAAGCCAGAGAAAUCCUCAGGAUCUGAGGCCUCUGCCCCAAACUGGCUGCAAGCGCUGAAGCUGAAAAGGAAGAAGCCUUGAGUUGGGCUCGCUCCCCGAUGCUGACAGACCACUGUCCCUGGACCAGGGCUGUCCCCUACCAUGGGGACACACACACACACACAUACCUACCUAUGCACUUUGUACAAGCUCGCAGGGUCCCUGUCUUCCCAACACCUCCUCCCCAUCCCCCUAAUGUACCCCGUCCCCUUAGUCCCCAGGGGGCUGGGGGUGGGCACGAGCCUCCCCCUUCCCCUCCCCCCUGCUCGUGUAUGGCCCUGGACACAGGGCGAUGGGUCCGGCUCAUGGUGCCGCUGCCACAGACAAUAAAACCUCGCUGGUCAGUUCAGA